AUGUCAGCUGCGGCGGCGUCGCUGCUGGUCGCGUGUCUGAUCGCGGCGGCAGCGGGAUCUGUGCGAGCAGCGAGCUCCGUGGCCGUGAAUGGCGGUGCCGUGGUGGACGGCUAUGUGCGACUGGACGGAAGUGCCGCCCCCAUAUGCCCCUCUCCCAACACACCAUUCCCCACCGCCACCCUGCCUCCGUGCACUCACACGCUGCAAGUGGCUGUUCCGCUUGAGUCGACUUCCCUUCUGGCUCAAUCCCUUUUGAGUCAUCUCACUUGCUUCCUCCCCUACCCUGUAGUCCCCCGCUCUGCCUUUCGGGCACGCACACAGCGCAGCGCUCUCUCUCCCGGCGCGCACACACUGCAAGUCUCGGCUCCAGGGGCGUUCUUCCUGCCGGUCACGCUGCAAGUCAGUGCGAAGCAUGCAGGAAACUUCCGCGCAAUGGUGAUCCGAGAACAGGGCCCUGCAAGCCUCUCCAUCGAUCCACUCAUCAUCUCGCCCUUCGCAGCUGAGGAGUAUUUCGAGAGGCGCCAGCCGUUCAGCAUAUGGACGAUAGUGAAGAGCCCCAUGGGCAUCAUGAUCUGCUUCAUGCUUGUCGUCAUGGUCGUCCUGCCCCGCCUCGCUGACUCCAUAG